AGAGCCAUUUUCUCAUAACUUUCUCGACAGUCGCACGAAGCAGCUAACAAAAUAAAUUACAACUAAUUUGAAAGAACUUUUCAAACCAGCUCCACAAUCAAAAUGAUGCCUGCAUUGCCACACUUUAUGCAUCACGGUUCGCGUGAGGCCGAGGAACGUGCCAAAUUGGAGGUGAAGGCGAACAUUUUAUUAUUUGCGGUGACCUGUGCCCUGAUACGCUUUGUGCCCAAAAUGAUACGCAUGUUAUUUUAGGAGCACCUGCAUUCAAAAUUAUACUGGCAAAAUGAGAGACUUUCUUUCUUCAAAUUAGAAUAAUAAUAAUUUUAAGCGUGGUCGAAAGCA